AUGAAGAAUCAAGAAGGCUGGGACGGCAAGAUGCGAAUGGAGCCCAAGGCUGUCAUAACGAACCCUGAGGCGUUGGAGGAUUCAGAUUACUCCGAUCCCGAGGCCCCACCAGUGGACAAGAUUGAUGCCGAUGAAGAUCUACUGGAAGGCGAGGACGUUGAUAUCGAGGAUAUCGAUCUUGUCCACUGUCGUAUAUCGUCACUUUCCGCGCUGCACUUGGAACGGUUUAACAAGCUCCAGAGACUAUGCCUGCGCCAAAACCAAAUAUCCCGCGUCGACUUCCCUUCCAAUGUUGCCGCUACUUUGACCGAACUUGAUCUUUAUGACAACCUUAUCGGCCACCUCAAGGGCCUGGAUGAGUUUCACAACUUGACUAGCUUGGAUUUCAGUUUUAACAAGCUUAAGCACAUUAAGAAUGUUGCUCAUCUUGUUAAGCUGACUGAACUGUUCUUUGUGCAGAAUAAGAUCUCACAGAUCGAAGGGUUAGAGGGUUUGACUCUCUUGCGGAAUCUGGAGCUGGGCGCAAACCGGAUUAGAGAAAUUGAAAACCUCGAAACCCUCUCUGCGCUUGAACAACUUUGGCUGGGAAAGAACAAAAUCACCGAGAUGAAAAACCUCGACAGCCUGUCCAACCUCCGCAUUAUCUCUAUCCAAUCAAACCGCCUCACCAGCAUUACCGGCUUGUCCGCUCUCCCUAAUCUCGAAGAGAUCUACCUUUCUCACAACGCUAUCACAGAUCUUUCCGGUCUGGAGUCAAACACUACUCUACGUGUCUUGGACUUCUCCAAUAACCAGGUCACUCAUCUGGAGCACUUGUCUACACUGAAGAAUCUUGAAGAGCUGUGGGGAUCUAAUAACAAGCUCGCGAGCUUUGAAGAAGUUGAGCGUGAGUUGAAGGAUAAAGAGAAGCUGGAGACUGUCUACUUUGAGGGCAAUCCUUUGCAGUUGAAUGGACCCGCUGUCUACCGCAAUAAGGUGCGCUUGGCGCUGCCGCAGGUCUCUCAGAUUGAUGCUUCUUAUGUGCGGGUCUGA